AUGUCCCCAGCUAGCGAGAAAACAAAGGCCUUGCGCAACUACGCUACAUUACAGAAAUCGAAGGUGGAUGAACUUCAAGACCUUAUCGAAAAUGCCGGGGAAUGCAGCAGUUCUGGUUACUUCAACGUGCUCCCUUCUUUGUCAAAAAUAGUCAAGCUCUGGCUUGAAAAUGGAACGGCCAUUACGAACCUUGAAGAGCUGGAGAAACGGGCCUUGGAACGGUACAAGGAAUUGGGAAAGCCUGACUUUGAGUGUCUACAUGUUGCUUUAGUCCGUCGCCAAGGACAAGACUUCUACAGCAACAGCAAAUGCCUCGGUGUGCUUUUGGACCGGUAUUUCGAUGAAACUGACGUCAACCUCAUCGUGUGGAAGGGGAACCAUCGCUGUCAAGAGACAACCACGAAAGAUGUUAUGAACUGGCUGUUCCCGGAAAUACGUCAUAUUCGGCGAGACGACUUCGAAGAGCAUCUCUGCGAUGAACACGAUUGCAAAGAAACUGAUGUCAAAAUUGUCGUUACGGCAAGCAGCGUUGCCGGUUGGGAAACCGAUCCACGUUCGGCAAGGCAAGACUUGUCGGCGUCGAUGUGUAGCCCCGUGGCUAGUGCAGGGUGGCGAGAAUGGGUGGCUAGGUUGCGACGGGGUGGUGCGCCUGAGGGUCGAUGCAAUCCGCCCUCGUUGCACGGGCGCAUAUCCCUAGAACUCUCGCCCCUCUCUAAGUGCAUACUCGGUCCCAAUGCCAAUCUCUUUCCUUCACAGCGCAAGACCAAGUUCAGCAGAAUCAGGAAUGACUUGUCUGAUAGCCUUUCAAUUUCUACUUCAAAAGGAUUGCUGCAGUAUUGA